GCUGUGCAUGGAAGUGUGUGUGCGUGUGUGUGUUUUUGUGUGUACGUGUAUGCUCUAUGCGUGUGUGUGUGUGUGUGUGUGUGUGUGUGUGUGUGUGUGUGUGUGUGUGUGUGUGUAAGCUGCCUCCUCUCGUGCUGUCGACGACGACUGCCACCGAGUCUGACCGUGAGCAAACGGGAAUAAAAAAACACUCCGGGCGAACCGUAACACGGCGAUACUUCUUCCUGUGACCCGUCCAGUACGAGCUACCAGCGGGUCGGUCCAAAAACGAUGAGCCAGCCUCGGCCGGACGAGUUCAAGCCUCCUCCGGAGUGCCCGGUCUUCGAACCAAGCUGGGAAGAAUUCAGAGAUCCGUUUUCCUUCAUCAAUAAGAUCCGUCCCAUCGCCGAAAAAACGGGCAUCUGCAAAGUCCGCCCGCCUCCGGGUUGGCAACCUCCAUUUGCUUGCAACGUUGACAAACUUCACUUUGUUCCUCGGAUCCAGAGACUCAAUGAACUGGAGGCACAGACCAGAGUCAAGCUCAAUUUCUUGGACCAGAUUGCCAAAUUCUGGGAUUUGCAGGGAUGUGCCCUGAAGAUUCCUCAUGUGGAGCGAAAGAUUUUGGAUUUAUAUAAGCUAAACAAGCUGGUAGCAGAUGAGGGUGGAUUUGACCUUGUCUGCCAGGAGAGGCAAUGGACAAAGAUUGCACUACAAAUGGGGUUUGCCCCUGGCAAAGCUGUUGGCUCACACCUGCGAGGGCAUUAUGAGAAAAUUCUUUAUCCCUACAAUCUGUUUCAGAGUGGAGCAAACCUGCUGGCACCAGAGCCAGCUUCCAAACAGAAGCAUUUGGAGGCUGAUCCUGAACAUGAAAAGAAGGCAAUCCACCCAAUGGAGAACACAGAAAGCAUAGAUAGCAUGGACACCAAGGACACCAAGCUGCAGGACCAGGCUCAGAGGACGACUGCCCAGACGCCCGACACUAGCCCCACUGCUCGCAGAGCAAAGCGCAUGAAGUGUGAGGCCAUCUGUGUGAAGACAGAACCAGGUGAGCCCGGUGACAACAAGCCGAACCUGAGGCGGAGGAUGGGAUCGUUUGUCGUCAAGCAAGAACCAGAAAAAGAGAUUCCAAUUCCAGUGAAACAGGAACCAGUUGAAACUAAAGAACCAAUAGUUGAAGCUGACAAAUACAAGUCACGGUACAAGAAAAUCAUCCCUCCUGUUCUUCCAAGUCCAGUGGAUCUGGUUGUGUGUCUGGUGUGUGGCAGCGGGGGAGAUGAAGAACGCCUGUUGCUGUGUGACGGCUGUGACGACAGCUACCACACCUUCUGCCUCAUCCCUCCUCUACCAGACAUCCCCAAAGGAGACUGGAGGUGCCCCAAGUGCCUCGCUCAGGAAUGCAACAAGCCUCACGAGGCAUUCGGCUUUGAACAAGCAUACAGAGACUAUUCCCUGCGUGCAUUUGGACAAAUGGCUGACGCAUUCAAAUCUGAUUACUUCAACAUGCCAGUUCAUAUGGUACCCACAGAGCUGGUGGAGAAAGAGUUCUGGCGUUUGGUGGGAGCCAUCGAGGAGGAUGUUACUGUAGAAUAUGGAGCAGAUAUUGCCUCAAAGGAGUUUGGGAGCGGAUUCCCCAUUCCGAAUGGAAAAUUCAAAGUUUCUCCGGCUGAUGAGAAAUACCUGAAGUGUGGCUGGAACCUCAACAACCUGGCGAUGAUGAACCCUUCUGUACUGACUCAUGUGACAGCUGACAUCUGUGGGAUGACGCUGCCGUGGCUUUAUGUUGGCAUGUGCUUCUCCUCCUUCUGCUGGCACAUUGAGGAUCACUGGAGCUACUCCAUCAACUACCUGCACUGGGGGGAGCCCAAAACCUGGUAUGGAGCUCCUGGUUUUGCUGCAGAACAGCUGGAGGAGGUGAUGAGGAAACUGGCUCCAGAGCUGUUUGAGUCUCAGCCUGAUCUAUUGCACCAGCUGGUCACCAUCAUGAACCCCAACACCCUGAUGGCCCACGGAGUCCCAAUUUACAGAACAAACCAGUGUGCUGGUGAGUUUGUCAUCACGUUUCCCAGAGCCUACCACAGUGGCUUCAAUCAGGGCUUCAACUUCGCUGAGGCGGUCAACUUCUGCACUGUAGACUGGAUGCCUCUUGGCAGGCAGUGUGUUGACCACUAUCGUAUGCUGCGCCGGUACAAUGUGUUCUCCCAUGAUGAGAUGGUGUGCAACAUGGCUUCAAAAGCAAGCACGCUCGACGUUGUCCUGGCAUCAGCUGUCCACAAGGACAUGGUCAGCAUGUUACAAGAAGAGCAGAAACAAAGAGAGAAGGGGAAGAAAAUGGGGAUGGUGCUUACCAAGGAGGCAAAAUACGAUCACCUCCAGGAUGACGAGCGACAGUGUGCCAGGUGCAGGACCACCUGCUACCUGUCUGCUGUCACCUGUUCCUGCAGCCCAGGAGUACUGGUCUGUCUGCACCACAUCAACGACCUCUGCUCCUGUCCCAUCACCAACUACACACUGAAUCUCAGGUACACACUGGACGAGCUGUUCCCCAUGAUGAAUGCAGUGAAGCAGCGAGCUGAACUGUAUGAUGAAUGGGCCUCCCUCGUGAAAGAGACUCUUGAGGCUAAACUAGAAAAGAAGAAAGGCUUGCAAAUCUUUCGCUCCCUUCUUGCUCAAUCGGAGUCCAAGGUGUUCCCGGACAACGACAUGCUGCGUCGGCUACGUCUGGUCACACAAGAUGCAGAGAAGUGCUCCUCGGUGGCACAGCAGCUAUUGAAUGGCAAGAGGCAGACCAGGUAUCGGUUUGGAAGUGGAAAAUCAUGCAGCCAGCUGAGUGUGGAGGAGCUGAGUUCAUUUGUGAGGCAGCUGUAUAACCUCUCCUGCAGUCUCCCUCAAGCUCCCAUGUUGAAGGAACUCUUGAAUCGCAUUGAAGACUUCCAACAGCACAGUGAGAAGGUCCUGGCAGAUGAAGUUCCCAGCGUCGCUGAGAUCCAGAGCCUGCUAGACGUCAGCUUUGACUUUGACGUAGAGUUGCCUGAGCUGCCCCGCCUGAGAGUGAGGCUGGAGCAGGCACGCUGGCUGGAGGGGGCGCAGCAGGCCAGCACUCAGCCUACCACCCGGACUCUGGAGACCAUGAGGAGGCUCAUCGACCAGGGAGUCGGCCUGGUGCCUCAUCCAUCUGUGGAGAAAGCCAUGGCGCGCCUGCAGGAGCUGCUCACGGUAUCCGAGCACUGGGAGGACAAGGCGAGCAGUCUUCUCAAAGCCAGACCACCACACUCCAUAGAGACUCUUAGUGCUGCAGCUGAGAAGACGUCUAGCAUCCCCGCUUACCUCCCGAACUGUCGCCUUCUAAAAGACACUGUCAGAAAAGCCAGAGAGUGGCUUCAAGAAGCUGAGGAGCUUCAGGACGGUGAUUGCACACCGAUGAUGGACAGCCUCUCUGACAUGGUACUACGAGGACAAGCCAUUCAAGUCCGCCUCGAGCCUUUAGAACGGCUGGAGUCUUUAAUGAUAGAAGUGCAAGAAUGGAGAGAAUCGGCAUCGACAACCUUCCUUCAGAGAGACACGCCCUUUACCUUACUGGAGGUCCUGUGUCCAAGAUGUGAAGUUGGUAAUGUAGGUUCUCCAAAGAGAAAGGCCAAGAAAGGAAAAGAAUCGCCGAGAAGUAACAAAAAGAAACCGCCACGGCUGAACACUCUCAGUGACGUGGAAAAAGCUCUUUCAGAAACCAGAGAUUCUACCUCUGCAAUGGCAACUCUGGAGGAGCUGCGGGAGAGGGAGAUGGAGGCUUUCUCUAAUCUAAGGGCAGCAAAUGAGUCAAAGCUCCUUCCUACAGCAGACUGCAUGGACCUGAAGGUGUGCGUCUGUCAGAAGGCGCCCAUGGGUGCGAUGUCACAGUGUGAACUCUGCAGAAAUGCUUUCCACAGCGUGUGUGUCAGAGACCCAUCGGACUCCUGCGAAACACAGCCGUGGCUUUGUCCGCAGUGCCAGCGAUCGGAGAAGCCCCCCUUGAACAAAGCCGUCUCUCUGCUAGCAUCUCUGCGGCGCAUUGGGGUGCGCCUGCCAGAGGGCGACGCGCUGCACUAUCUGGUCGAGAGGACGGUUAACUGGCAGCACCGAGCACAGGAGAUCUCGCAGUAUUUUAACCUACCAGAACUGGAAGAGAGACCUGGAACUCCUCCCACUUUAACUCGUUGGGCAUCGGGCAGCCAUGAUGCUCACAACAACACUCAGGCUCCAUGUUUGACUCCAGAGUGGAAUAGGACAAGCCAUACUCAGACUGUCUUCUACACCGAGCAGAGAUGCAUCCCGCUGCAGGGCCUGAGUCAUGAUCUCGAGGAGCUGAUGGUGGAGGGGCUCCUGCUGCAGGUGUGUCUGCCAGAGGUGCAGAGCCUCUUCCACGUUUUAUUGGACAGAGCCAGCAGCCAGCACACCAACCGAUGCAUGUCACCGCCGCAGGACGAGUCCACAGACUGUAACAAACACAUGCAGUUUAACUCUCAGGGAACAAAUCUGCCACUGAACCAGGACGGCGUCAAUGGUGUGAGGGAAACUAUGAUUGACUCAGAAAAGAAAGCAAAGCGGCAUCUGGAGAGGGAAGGAUUAAAUGCAGAGCACAGAGGGAAGGACAAAAAGCACUCCCAUAAAAGACAGAAGAUGAAUAAAAAGAGGCCAGCCUCGACCUCGUCCUCUCCACGCUCUGAUUUCUCUCAGUCUGAUGACUCUGAUGAGGAAAUGGCUGUGUGUCCGGCAGAGAGGUGUCAGCUGCCGGAGGGAGAUGAGGUGAAUUGGGUCCAGUGUGACGGCAGCUGUAACCAGUGGUUCCACCAAGUCUGCGUCGGUGUCACAGCAGAGAUGGCAGAGAAGGAGGACUACAUUUGUGUCAGGUGUACACUGAAAGAUGGACACAUGAGAAAAUGAAGAGAAAGUAAGGAGGUCUGUUUGUCAUCAGUCCGUUUAUUCGAGCCACCAGUCUGGAUAUGUCACUGAUCCUAAGCCCCACCUCCUUCUGUCCAACCCUUUUGUAACAACGGUGCUAUCUCCUCUUUGACUUGUUGUCCAGAACUAUAAUGUUUAUUUUUUAUUUUUACUAUAUAUAUAUUUCUUUCUUUCUUCUUAUGAAUUGUUUGUGGUUGUCUCAAUGAAAAAAAAAUACACAGGAUGUGAAGUGUGCUGCAUGAGAUUCCAUAUCAUCAGCGCAAAGGAGUCUUUAGAACAUUAAAGAGGUAAAUCAAGGGGUAAUAUUAUCUUCUCUGGAACCUCCUUGCAUGUUGAACCAGAGCUAAGGGGAAGGGAGUCACGGUUUUUCAUCCCCUAUUCCCCCAAAAAAUUACUAUACGUUUCUUUAAAAUCCAGUGUUUAGUACAUGCAUCUUAAUAUAAUUAUUCCCAUUUUUUUGUAGAAUAGGUUUAUUUAUCUGAGCAAUAAUUUGUGUCCGAAUCGACUUAAAUGGCUUGAUCUCCGCUGAGAUGUGUUGGUGCUUUAGCGAUGGUGUGAUGUACAGAGAGCGACACAGAUGGAUGGAUUACAUCUGUGGUGAUGGGCGAUGACAUGUUACCACCACAGCAUGUAAUGCAGGUCACGUGGGGAGGAUUUUAGGGUCGCUGAAGAUGUUAUAAGUUUAUAUUGUGGAAUAAAGCCCUUUUUGUUCUAUGGAGAAGUCCCAUCAUUUCACUUGAAAACAUGGAAGAAAGAAACCACUAGAUGUCCUCGUAAACAUGGUUUGAUAUGGAACUCGUUUAUUGUUCUUUGUAUCUAGUGUACACCUGUUGGUAACCAAGUUCUGAACUACACAAAUAAAAAUGCCUAAAGGGGAGGGAUCAUUUA